UGGUGUCUCGGUAGAUGAGUCCCCCCCCUCUCCAUUUAUCUCUCUUUUAUUCAUUCACUUUUCAUGUCGCGUAGCCCGAGGAUAACCUUGCAUGCGCGUGCAUGUUCGCGCGUGCGCACCUCAGCCCUUCUCUACUGACCCACGUUUGAACCCAUUGGGAGAUAUCAUUUUUUAUAACAACACGCACUGUGCGUGUGCACGAGGAGGCAGAGAGACGGUCAAAGUCUCUAGAUUAGGGAGAGGGUUAUUCAGGACGUAACCUCGCCUCCAGAUGAGGGUUCUUGGUGUAAAUAACGUGCACGUGCACACAAUGUGUGUGUGUGUGUGUGUGUGUGUGUGUGCAUAACUAAACUAAACAAAACCUCCGUCGUGAGUGCAGUGCGGCUCACAGAGGACGGAUUAAGACAUUCUUCUCGUCCCGUUCUCUGCCGCAUUGCUUGAAUGCAGCCUCCCUGCAGGCGUCCUCGCUGAUCCCCCUAGCGGGGCUAAAGCCAAAGGUAAUGAGUGUGUAAACUAGCCUCCCAUUGUCUCCGAGAGAACCGGCACCUUUUUUUGUGUGCUCUCAGUUGUCUGCGUGCAACAGGAGGUAGGGAUUAAGGAUGCGGCCCCCGUGGAACAAAUGGCGAGGGCGAGUCGGCCUCCGCGGGCCGGAGGCGGGGCCGAGCGGCAAGCCCACAAUUAAAGAUGAACUUUGAGUGAACUAAUUUAGGUAACGACAGCCUAUAAAAGUGCCGGCUGAGCCGCCCGGGAGUCACCGUGGCGGAACCCAACUCUCCAGCUGCAACAUGGCCCUGAACACGCUGCUGGCCACCUUCCUGUGCACCAUCGUGCUCCCCGUCCUGCUGUUCCUCGUGGCGCUCAAGCUGUGGGAGGUUUACAUGAUCCGAGGCAGAGAUCCGAGCUGCCCGAGGCCGCUGCCCCCCGGAUCCAUGGGCUUACCGUUCAUUGGAGAGACGCUGCAGCUCAUCCUGCAGAGGAGAAAGUUUUUGCGCAUGAAGCGGCAGAAGUACGGAUACAUCUACCGCACGCACCUCUUCGGCAACCCCACGGUGCGCGUUACCGGGGCGGACAACGUCCGACAGAUUCUGCUGGGGGAGAACCGACUCGUGUCCGUGCAGUGGCCCGCGUCCGUGCGCACCAUCCUGGGAUCGGACACGCUGUCCAACGUGCACGGUGCCCAACACAAGACCAAGAAAAAGGCCAUCAUGCGGGCUUUCUCCACCGAGGCUCUGGAACUCUACAUCCCUGUCAUCCAGGAGGAGGUGCGGGCCGCGGUGAAGGAGUGGGUGGCCAAGGACUCCUGUGUUCUGGUGUACCCGGAGAUGAAGCGGCUGAUGUUUCGCAUCGCCAUGAGGAUCCUGCUCGGCUUCAAGCCGGAGCAGAUCAAGACCGACGAGCAGCAGCUGGUGGAGGCUUUUGAGGAAAUGAUCAAGAACCUGUUCUCUCUGCCCAUUGACGUGCCCUUCAGCGGACUGUACAGGGGUCUGAAGGCGAGGAACUUCAUCCACUCCAAGAUAGAGGAGAACAUCAAGAAGAAAGUGCUGGAGUCGGACAAGGAGUGCAAAGGCCGAGACGCUCUGCAGCAGCUCAUAGACAGCAGCAGGAAGAACGGGGAACCGUUCAGCAUGCAGGCCAUUAAGGAGUCUGCUACAGAGCUGUUGUUUGGCGGCCAUGAGACCACAGCCAGCACAGCCACCUCUCUGGUUAUGUUCCUGGGCCUGAACCCUGAAGUCGUGGAUAGACUGAGGCAGGAACUGAUGGACAAGGAGGAGCAGGGGAUGGACCUACACAGUCUCAACAUCGAGGCCUUGGAGCAGUUGAAGUACACAGGCUGUGUCAUUAAAGAGACUUUGAGGAUCAACCCUCCUGUUCCCGGAGGCUUCAGAGUGGCCCUGAAGACCUUUGAGUUAAAUGGUUACCAAAUUCCCAAAGGCUGGAACGUCAUCUACAGCAUCUGUGACACCCAUGAUGUCGCAGAGAUCUUCCCCAACAAGGAGGACUUCCAGCCAGAGCGCUUCAUGACCAAGCCCUUGUCCGACUCCUCCAGGUUCCAGUACAUCCCGUUCGGAGGGGGCUCCAGAAUGUGUGUCGGGAAAGAAUUUGCAAAAGUCCUGCUGAAGAUCUUCCUGGUGGAGGUGGUCACAAAGUGUCACUGGACUCUGUUAAAUGGGCCACCCACCAUGAAGACAGGACCUACUGUCUAUCCUGUUGACAAUCUGCCAACCAAGUUCACCAGCUAUACAUAGAGGUGAAACUGACAUGGCAGAAGGUUAUUGUUCUACGAGGGAAGUUAGAAGGCAUCCCAAAGGCCUCUAAUCAGCGGUUUUGCCUCCAAAACCAAUGGGGUGUUUGGGGAGUUUUGAAAGUUCUAAAGAAAGCGAUCAAUGGCUGCAUUCACUUCAAUUUUUUGACUUUGCAUAAAUUGUGUAUAUAUUGUAGAUGAAGCAAGAUCGUAUUUUACAGUGUUUAUUUUAUGAUGUUAAUACAUUGGAUUUUUAUAAAUUUAUAUAUUAGUUUGUUCGAACAAACUAAACGAGAGGCACUAUACACAGUCAUGGAACACUUUAAUCAGCUCAGAGGUGUAUCUAUAGGAUUAUGUACAUAUGUAAUGUAGAGUCUGUUUAUAUAACUUUUUUAUCUUACCCAAACUUAUUUAAGUAUAUUAUCUUAUAUUGUAUGGGCUUUUUAUUUAAUAAAACGUAUGUGGAGAAUCCUGUUUUUUGUUAUUUAAUUUCUAUUAUAUUGUUUCUGUGAGAGUGUGUGGAACACAUGGAUAUUCAUUAUCUAAGUGUAUAAAUGACAGAGCUGGAGUACUGUUAGAUUAGCAUAGUGACUGGAAACAGUGGGAGAGGCCUAGAUAGCCGUAAAGCGGGGAAAGCUCCCUAAUUAACCCAAGUGGUUGAGAGUUAGAAAGCAGUGAGUUUACUAAACCUCUACGGUUUAACUGCUAACAGCGGAGCAUGUUUGGUCGGGUUGCAUUGUGGGGGUUUCAGGCACCAGGAGGUGACACAGAAGAAGCAUGAAAUAAAAAAUCUAUACAUUUCUUGUGUCUAACCUGUCUGAGACUCAAAUCAGCGAGGUACUUAUUUUUGUGAGUAGAACUGUUCUUCUCAAACACGUGUGUCCUCGCAUUCAGCAGCACAGUUCCAACUGCAGCAGGUCACCAGAUAUGGCUGCAAGAGCACUCCUUUUAUGUUAUUUAUCUUGGAUUUUGGUCAAUUUAUUAAAAACCCGUUGUACUGAUCAUAAGAUCAGAUAUUAACAACUUGACAAAUCUGUGUAAAACGAGUCUCUUUACAGCAGUGCUUGUGUUGAUCUGCAAUUACAACCUG